GCAACGCUAAUCAGAAGCUUCGCCACCGCUAAUCUCUUUGUUCUUCCUCUGACUGACUACGUUUUGAUAAAUUCAUCGACGAUCCCAAUUUCUUGGUCUCCCGAUUUAGCAGUUUCAUCUUAAUCCUCGUAAGGUACCUUUCUGAAUUAGGACAUGGCAAAGUUGGCACCAGUUUUUGCUGAUUCUCUAAUGGAUUCUUGGAAGAGUAAAGCCUGUAACAGAGUUCCCUUACCAUAUUUGAUUCGACCUCGUAGAGUUCUGCCUCCUAUAGAUUGUUUUGCCUUCUACAACGAAUACGCAUCUGAGGAUGAGUGUGAUGAAACUGACUCUCCAAUGGAAGGUGUUGAAACCUCCACUUUGGACAAAGGUCAUUCAGAUGACGAAUAUGUAAUGGUGGACACAAUUGUUGAAGCUUUACCCAAUCCUAAAAUAGAGAAAGCAGAAGCAAUUCAAAUGAUGGAACUCUCUAAAGAUGCAGUUAAUGAUGAUGGGUCUGAAUCCGAAGAUGCUGGAUACAGCAGUGAUGAAUGGGUGGUGGUUAAGUAAUUAGAAUCAAAAUUUGCAGGGUUUGAGUUCUGAGUUUUAGUACAAUGGGAUUAGUUUACUUUCUGUCUCUCUGAGAGAUGUUUCUUAUCCUCGACAUUUAUUUGUGAAGCUUUUUAUUAGCAGUACAUAUGAUAAGAUGGUUUUCGAUUGAA